AUGCGCUACUAUGUGCCGGCCCAAGGUCCUUCCUUGACCCUUCCCCAGCUGGCCAUUCACAACGCUCAACGAAUGCAAACUCAACCUCAAGGCUUUGUAUUACCGCUUACUACUUAUUCUGGAGCUCCGUUGGGAGUCUUUUCCGAAGCUCUUCCACCAGUGCCUCUCUCCUACUAUCCAACGCUCGACUACCGUAAUCCUGGACUCCUACCAGUACCGCAAAUCAACUAUCCAAGCUUUCUCUAUCCAUCAAUGGCCUCAGUAUCCCUGGAAACUCCAAGUCUACCGGCUGGCAUGGUACCUGUCGGUCCAACUGGAGGCUUCACUAGAAAUUUGGCUGUAUUUGGUGAAAUUCCACUUCAACAACCUCCAAGAAUUCCUAUCCAGACACCUCCAGCUAUUCCAAUUCCACUGCAAGAGUCAAGAAUUCCUAUCCAGACACCUCCAGCUAUUCCAAUUCUACUGCAAGAGUCAAGAAUUCCCAUCCAGACAGCUCCAGGAAUUCCCAUUCCAUUGCAAGAACCAAGAAUUCCUAUCCAGGCAGCUAUUCCAAUGCCACUUCCAGCUCCAGAUUUCCCCCAACUUCCAACCUAUCUCCAGCCUCAACUGAACAAUUCGAUUCCUGUCCUGAAUCCGAUUGCCUCGUUCCCGGUAGUGGUGAACCCACAAAGAGAAGAAUUCACAACUAGCAAAACAAUUGCUAAUUUUGACACUGAACCAACAACAAGAUCUGUAACAAUUGGAAAGACGAGUGCAAUUCCUAGCUGGCAAUAUUUGGCUCCUAUAAGCACGACACCGAUUCCGUCUACAUCUUUGCCAACAACUCGUUCCCCAUUGAGCUUUCUGACUGCUAUUGGACACUCGGCUAUUGGACAGUUUCAGGACGCCACCACGCAGCGACCCAGAUUCACGUUCACUUUUCGGCCCGUUAGCACAACGCCCAUCCCAACAACAACCCCAAAAAUGAGCACAUUUCCACUCAAUGUAAAUACGCAAAAAUCUCUCCAACAAACCGUGCCUCGAGAUCAAAUCUUUCGAUUUAAUCUGACUAGUCUUGCGCCAACUCAAACGACAACAUGGACACCGAUUCUCAAGGAUUCACCAAUCAAUCGCGUUUUGGAAAAGACGAAUGAACCAAACGUUGGACCGUUGAAGAUUGGCUCUCAAUGGGGUGACCGGCUACAGGGGAAACCCUUCGCCUUCCCGAAUCAGUUCAACUUUUUUGUGGGUUUAACGAGAAAAGACUCAAAGGAUUUAUCUGUC